CAGCGGGGACAUUCUGUUUGCACAACUGCAGCCGAGAACACGCUGUCGAAAAACUCAUUACCUUUGGACUUACAUAGAAUUGGAACUGGAGCCACCAUGUUUCGGCGAGUAAUCGAUAUCCCCAGACUGAUCUUCAUGCUGGCGGCGGUCGUCGUGCCCUGUCAGGCCCAGCUCUACCCUUUAGUCGGACUAAGACCGGCUCCGAAUCCCGCUAAAUUUCUGAGUGCAGUGCCACGCCUAGUGCUCUACAACCCCUUUAGUGGCCAGCAGGUGGAGCCGCUUCGGUACUCGGCCCUUUUGCAGGACAGACGAAAGUCCGUGAACGGAAAUAUCGUAGAGCUACCUCAGCUGUGGCAGCCCUGCUCCUGCGCCGAGUUCUCCUGCCGGUGCUGCAUUGGCUUGGCUCUGGGCUUCGGCGAAUCAGCCAACCGGCGGAUGUGCGCCGCCAUCGACUACAACCGGGCGAACCUAGGUCUGCGCCUCAGCGUCGACAUAAACCAGCGCAACGUGGCAACCUUCGGGUUCUCAGCUCGAAAUCCGCCCGAAUACUGCGUGCCGCUGCCACUCUCGAGCUGCCUGAGACUAUACGACAUCCGUACCUUCGGCGAGGGCAAUAUGCAGGUAUGUCUGUCGGUGGUCUUUAAGGUUCUGGCCAGCCAGUUCUUCGAGUACCGCCUCAGCUGCCUGCGCUUUGGCGCCAGGGGAGUAUUCUUCGUUCGCGACGUGCCGCAGGAUCAAGGGCAGGGACAGGAUUCACUGGAGCAGGGGUCUAGGCUCGAUGCGGGUCAGGAAGCUGGCAGACAGGAGCAGCUUCAGUUUCUACGUUAGAUGAUUUUGGCCUUUCCCUCACGCGCUUCAAAUUGUCUUGAUCCAUGCAUGCUUUAAUACGUUACUUGUUAAGUGAAACAGUGAAAUUUUCGUUAAUUAAAAAGCCUUUAACUCUAAGACCGCGCCCAGCAGCACAGACCCCAUGAAAAUGGCAAAAAAUGGCAGUAAACUGGGCCCUCACUUGGGCUUGUACGGAUGAUGAUGCAACUGCCUUAGAUCUUAUUGCACACAUGAAUGUACCAACGGAUGUAAUCGUUCUUUAAAACAUUUUGGUCAACGAUCGCGCACACAGCAAUUACUUCUCUUCCCGCCCACUUAUUCAAAUGGGGGGGAGUGAGAUGCGACGGCCCUCCAACCAUUUAGGCUGCAAAAGUGGCCUAGGGGUCUUGAAUAACAGAUAAUAUAUUUAAUUCUGCGUAUCCUGGCUUGCGCAGACUCGCAAUUAAUAGAUAGGAAUAUCGUAGCGAUUUUCUCAUAAUAUUUUUGUUAGCCCUUAGCAAGAUAUAUUGAUUUCAGCCAGUGGUUUGCAACGCAGUAAAGGAGGCAGUUGCGACCUGUAGAGUAUAUAUGUACAUAUAUUCUUGUUUGCCCGUCUGUUCGUUUCCAACUUUCCACAAAAGUCUUAUUUUUAUUGCAAGUUGUAUACAAGUCGGAAAGGGU